AGCGGAGGAAAGAUUGUAUCCUUCCAGGACCGUUAGCAAUCCAUUCAAGCCAACAAGUUUGGAGAGAAUGUUGUGUUUAAUCAAUUCAGAACGUCGAGAUGGAGCCCAACUCACUUAAGUGGGUCGGCUCACCUUGUGGUUUGCACGGACCUUACGUUUUCUACAAGGCAUUUAAAUUUCACCUUGAAGGCAAACCAAGAAUUCUGUCCCUGGGCGACUUUUUCUUUGUGAGAUGUAAACCGGGAGAUCCGAUCUGCGUAGCGGAGCUGCAGCUGUUGUGGGAAGAAAGGACAACCAAGCAACUCUUAUCUAGCUCCAAACUUUAUUUUCUACCAGAAGACACUCCCCAGGGAAGAACUGUCUGUCACGGAGAGGACGAGAUUGUUGCCGUCUCAGACAAGGUCAUAGUGAAGUUGGACAACCUGGUGAAAUGGACGGUCUGGGACGUGUCGCAGUGGAGGCGCGGGCUGAGGCCAGAGCCCCUGAAGCCCUCUGUUCUGAAGGAGUUGGGAAACAACGGUCGCCGGGAGGCCCUGCACCAGUACCGAGAGUCCACCCUCAACAGCGGACUCAGCUUCAAAGACGUCCUGAAAGAAAAGGCCGAACUCGGGGACGAUGAAGAGGGGAAGAAGGUUCUGGUUCUGAGCUACCCGCAGUACUGCCGGUACCGCUCGGUGGUAGCCCGGCUGAGGGAGAGGCCCUCCUCGCUGCUGAUGGACCAGGUGGUCCUGGCCCUGGGGGGCAUCGCCUCGCUGGACGGCAGCACCCGCAUCCUGUACUGCCGCGACACCUUCGAGCACCCCACCCUCAUCCAGAACGAGAGCAUCAGCGAGGAGUUUGCCCCCAAUCUGAAAGGCCGGCCACGUAAAAAGAAGCCGUCGAUAUCCCAGCGCAGAGACUCCCAGGGCCCUGCUAAGGACAGCAGCUGUGUGGAGUCCAGUGUACCUGCCAAGGUAAAAUGUGAAGUGAAGGCGGUUGUGGCGAAGCCGAGGAGCAGCGGCGGGGGCUGGAGAAAGCUGUCCACAGAAGAACAGAGCAAGUCUAGGCUGGCGAAGGGCGAGGGAGAGGAGCAGACCUUUCUUGUGUCCCUGUACAAGUACAUGAAGGAGCGGGGGACCGCCAUCGAGAGGAUACCGUACCUGGGCUUCAAACAGAUAAACCUUUGGACUAUGUUUCAAGCUGCCCAGAAACUGGGAGGCUAUGAGCCGAUCACGGCCCGGCGGCAGUGGAAGAACGUGUACGACCAGCUCGGCGGGAACCCAGGGAGCACCAGCGCGGCCACGUGCACACGCAGACACUACGAACGGCUCCUCCUCCCCUACGAGAGAUAUAUUAAAGGAGAGGAAGACAAGCCCCUCCCCCUGGUCAAACCAAGACGGCCAGAACCCGGCGUUCAGGAGGGCGACAGCAAGGUGAAGGCCGCGGCGGGGAAACGCCCGAAAAUCACGCACAACCUGGAGGCUUCCGGAGAGACGGACCCCUCCCCGAAAAGCCCCGGGCCCUCACCGGAGUGCUACAGUAAGGAGGAGAGUGCUGAACCUGCAGACCAGGCCACGGACGAGAGGAAGAGUCAGGACGAGGAGGAUGAGGAGGAGCUGCAGCUCACCGUGAAAAAGGAGACUCCGUGUGUCGACGUGGCAGAGGAGAAAACGCCGCCACGCGACCUCUCUACCAAGGACGGCACAGCCGAGAGGCUCUCCGAGGCCCCGGCUCACACGCAGGGGUACCCUCAAACCCCGCCCCCCGCGCCCCUGGACGAAGCCUCGACGGCGGGAACGUUUCCUCCAGAGUUCUGCCUCUCCCGGCCCGCCGCGGCACCUGACUGUAGUGCCCUGCACUCCGACGGGAGGGCAGACCCGCCAACGGCCGGAGAGACCGACGGCCACGUGGGCCUGGUCCUGCCCACCCUGAAGCAGCAGCAGCCCCCGCAAGCCCCCGUGGGCUCAGAGACCCCUGUGGACGGGGAGGACUCGUGCUUUAGCUAUAAAACGGGGGCUCCCGCUGGGGCUAAUGCCGGCAUCAUGUCGCCCCUGGCUAAGAAGAAGCUGCUGUCCCAGUUUAGCGGCAGCGCUUCGGCUAACUGUUACCCCUUCUCCCCGCCUCCUGCGUUCGCCCUGGCCAAUCACAACGGCCAGAACCCUCACGGACCCGGAGCAGCGGUCAGCAGGCCGUCCGUCAUCCAGCACGCCCAGAGCUUCAAGCCUCUGGGACACAGGAAACAGGAAGUGACCUCAGAGCUCUUUCAGCGGGAGCCGGCUCAGCCCGGCCCCACUGUGGGUCUGUACCCAGCGGAGAGACGAAUGGGACACCCCACUCACGGGCCCUCGAGCUUCCCGAACUUUUACCCCGCCCAUCCCCUGCUGAGUCUGUACCGGCAUGGGGAGCACUGCCUGAGCAGGGAGGCUUCAUUUACCCGAAACAACGGGAAUGGUCCCCGUUUUACCCCGAACAUGCAUCCUGACAGGACCGGGUCGGGCUACCGCCUGCCUCUGAGCGAGGGAAACCCCCCCUACGGGGAGGUGCCGUCCGACGACGAGCCCACAGACCUGAGCCUUCCCAAACCCUUCCCCCACACACUAUGCUCCUCCAGGGCCCUGCCCGCCCCACACCGGGACUGUGCCUCCCCCCUCCUCCCGGCCUCCAGCCUGGACUACCACCCCAAAGCCUGCCGCGUGCCCCCCAUGACCGCCUCCGCCCCCCGGAAACCCCAGGACCUGCCCGCUCCCGCGAGGACCCUAGGGAAGGACGCUGUCAUCGGACGCCAUUUUGUGUGCUCGUCCCGGCCCCUGCGCAGGACCCUGGAGGAGCUGGAGAGGGGGCCCCCGGAGAAGAAGAUCCGGGCGGUCACCCCCAUGCACCCCAUCAGGGCCCGCACCCCCGACCCGGAAGCCCAGGACAAGCCAGGGGACGGUUUCGCGGAGGGGCUCAAGUACCCUGUCCGUGGGCCCCUCUUCCCGCCGCUGUACCCCGGGGCUCCAGAGCUGUGCGACCGGCUGGGUGCCUCCGCCGGGUACCCCCACCCCCUGCAGUGCCUGAAGAGCCAGGCGGUGGUGUCCCCGCUCCUGCCCCCCUUCGCCCUGCACUCCCUCCUGGUCCAGAGACAGCUGCUGGCCUCGGCCGCUGCCCCCCACCUGUACCGGCCCCCGGGCGGGGCCUCGUACACAGACCUCCUGCACCACGGCCUGUUCCCCAUGUCCGGCCUCAACCCCUCGCCCACCUACAGCCCCGCCCAGCUCCCCUCUCUGCACCCCAGCACCAAACUCUAAUAUCGCACCCCAACACUCACCCCUUUACAGCAUAACUCCAGCAAACAACAAAACAUUGGUCCUCACCUUCAGGAUUAUCUCUUAUUUCUCGUGGUGCUUUACCCCUUGACGAACCCCCUCCCUUUUCCCCACAAUGGAUGCAGAACCUUUAAUAUAUAACCUAACCAAGACUCCAAGACACUUUGGUUAUGUCUUACAUUUUGUGAAUGUGACUCCAGAAAUAUAGUGGGAACAAGAGAUCACCCUUGCACAGGAUUUUCCAUAAAUUAUAAAAAAGAGGCAUUCACUUCAAAUGAAAAGAUUUCAUUUUGUCAAAUUAAGUGCAGGCAGAACCUGUGGGAAGAUGGAAAGUACCAAAUGAUGUUGUUUGGGGGAGGUCCAGCAGACCUAACCUGUCCUUCUUUUUGGUUGAGAAGUGCACAGGCAGAGAUCACGGCUGUCACAUCGAACCUAUAAAACCGGUGGUGACGGACGUUUCCAGAACCCAAGAUGAAGCCUCUUCUGCGGGAGAUUAUUUCCCCCUCCUCCCGUUGAUGAUUUGCACAUUCGUUCCUAAAGCGUCGGUACGCUAGCCUCAGCCCUGUGAAGUGGCUGUAGACCUCCGAUUCCCACAAGGGGGACGACGCGAUCGCAGCACUAUCGGGGGGGUCCAAAGGACAUUUGCGUGACAAAUCAAUGCUAUGUACAGUGCAAUUUCAUUUCAAACAUUAACGUUACAGUUACACCGUUUAAGCACUGUAUUCAUGGUACAUGGUCAGGAAAGAUCAAUCUGUAUUUCAAUAUGGUUCCUGUUUUCUCUGUAGAUGUAAGCGCACAGUUAAGUGAUCCAUAGCAUAGUACUUCUAGAGUUCAUUCAGUACAACAGGUAUUAAAUGUAGUAAACAAAUGCAACCACAGCAAUGCAAGAACUGCCAUAUUGUCUGGCAAAGCUGAACUUAGCAGCUUUUAUGUCCAGUACUCCUUGGGAAAUUUCUACAUGGAAAUGUGAACCGUUUUCAGCCAUUUUGAUUUGUGCAGUAUUCCACUGCUGAAGAUGUCAUUGUGAAAUGAUGUUCUAACAGUGACUG